UGAAAGGUUUGGAAAAUUCACUCAGGAGUCCACCACCUUCCACGAAUGCUACUAGCAAUUGGCAGCCUAUCCAAAGAAGAUGCAGUGUUUGAAAGUUAUAGCUGUCUUACUACUUUGUGCAGCCCUACUCAGCCAGGUACACUGUGCUUCCUUGCAUCAUCCAAGCUCUCAGCUAACAAGGCAAAGGAGGAUGACACCUUUCUGGAGAGGGAUUUCCCUCAGACCCAUAGGAGCCAAAUGCAGGGACGACAGUGAAUGCGUCUCUAUGCUAUGCAGGAAGACUCGCUGUUCCCUAAGAAUUUCCCGUGAGUGAGCUGUCACUAAGAAGAAAAUAUUGUUACCUCUUACAACGUUCAACCUUAUAUAUAAAAUAUUUAUUAACUAUUCUUAAGUUAGGACACUUUGAAUUAUGCAAUAGCAUAUAUUUAGUAUUUUUCAGAAAAACGUGAUAUAUGAAAUGAUGUAGGGCAUUUCAUGAAAGUUGAAAGCAUGCACUGGUCUAGACUGCACCUUCUGAUGACAAGCUCAAUAAAAGACCUUGCAUCUUA